ACCGCGCUCUCUCCCGGCAGUGGCUGCGCGUCUCAGCGCUUGUCGGGUCCCCACCCCUUUUAAAUAAGCCGGGCUGGUCGCCGCCUUCACAGACUAGUUGACUCCGGGGAGGCGGCGGCGGCGAGACAGCGGGGGUGCGGCCGGGGCCGGAGCCCUGCCCCGGGCCCGGCGGCGGGGCGGACAGGCGAGAGGCAGGCGAGGCCGCGUCUACAUGCGCGGCGCAGCCCCGGCAUAGCCCGGGGCUGCCCGUGCCCGCCGCGCCAUUGUUGGGGGAGGGGGCGGCUUCUGAGCUCGGCGGAGUCGGGGGCCGAGCGGAGGCGACGGCAGCGAGGAGCGGAGGCGCCCCAUGGGGAACACGCUGACCUGUUGCGUGUCCCCCAAUGCCAGCCCCAAGUUGGGCCGGCGCGCGGGGCCGGCGGAGCCAGACUACGAGUCUGAGGUCUACGAGGCGGCGGCCGGAGACGCGGUGGCAGUAGCACCGGCGCCGGCUGCCGUGGAACCCACCGAGUUGGAUUUCGGAGCGGGUGAAGGCCACCACCUGCAGCACAUCAGCGACCGGGAGAUGCCCGAAGACUUAGCUUUGGAAUCAAACCCAUCUGACCACCCAAGGGCAAGCACAAUUUUCCUGAGCAAAUCUCAAACGGACGUGCGAGAAAAGAGGAAGAGCAACCAUUUAAACCAUGUAUCUCCAGGGCAGCUUACUAAAAAGUAUAGCUCAUGCUCAACCAUAUUUCUAGAUGACAGCACAGUCAGCCAGCCUAAUCUUAGAACCACAAUAAAAUGUGUGACCUUAGCAAUAUAUUACCACAUAAAGAACAGAGAUGCCAAUAGAUCCUUGGAUAUUUUUGAUGAGAGAUCACAUCCACUCACACGAGAGAAGGUUCCAGAGGAGUACUUUAAGCAUGACCCUGAACACAAGUUCAUUUACAGAUUUGUUCGUACUCUUUUCAGUGCCGCACAACUGACUGCCGAAUGUGCAAUAGUGACUUUGGUUUACUUAGAAAGGCUUUUAACUUAUGCUGAGAUCGACAUUUGCCCCACUAACUGGAAAAGAAUUGUUUUGGGAGCCAUUCUUCUUGCCUCCAAGGUUUGGGACGAUCAGGCUGUUUGGAAUGUGGACUACUGCCAGAUCCUCAAGGACAUUACAGUUGAGGACAUGAAUGAGAUGGAAAGGCACUUUCUGGAGCUCCUUCAGUUUAAUAUUAAUGUUCCCGCCAGUGUUUAUGCCAAAUACUACUUUGACCUUCGCUCCUUAGCAGAUGACAACAACCUGAAUUUUCUAUUUGCUCCUCUUAGCAAAGAGCGAGCACAGAACCUAGAGGCCAUCUCCAGAUUGUGUGAAGACAAAUACAAAGACUUAUGCAGAGUUGCUGUGAGAAGGUCUUUCAGCGCUGAUAAUUUCAUUGGUAUUCAGCGCUCCAACGCCAUCCUCUCAUAAACAGAGAGAGGUGAGGGGUUGUAACAUCAUGAACCCCUUGUAACAAUGACUGGAGAAAUACCACCUCUCCUACUCAGAAACCAGCAAAGUUAGUAUUUUCACCUAACAGAAAGACACUGAAUUCAAGAGACUCACGGACAGCAAAGAUUAUGGUCAUAGGAAAAAACUGGACCUUGUCAAUGCAACACACUCUUCUGUCCUUUUUAAUGUAAACAGAGUUACAAAAACCACUCCAAAGCUAAAAGCUCCCAACCCACCCACAGAUAUUUGCUUACUAUGUAGGCCGAUAACUGUGAACUAUGUGAGGGUUUUUUUUAAUAGUUUAAAUUUUUAGACUUUAAAGACACUAACUAUAGAACUUUUACUUUUUCCUAUUUUUCUUGCCCAUAUUGCUGCAUAUUCCUUUAGAAUCAAUGCAGUAUUACUAUUCAAACAUGGGACUCCUAACAACUCAUAAAGCCACUUAGGAACAGACUGUUGUAGCAUUGUUAGGUUUUGAAGGAUUCUUCCUCCCUACUAUUUCAUUGAAGCUGCUAGUCAUUUUUGGCAAUCAGUUUAAACCAAAAAGCUGCUGAAUAACACUUGUCAUUCAGAUUUUUUGCAAGCACUACUUAUUAGCAUAUUAGCAUGUUUGGGAUCAUAAGCAGAAAGUAUGUUGUUACCUACAUCUAUUGGGUCCGUGCUGCAUUUCUUAACUCUAAUGGUGCUUCUCAUUUUCUGAUGAUUUUCCUCUUUGUUAAAUACUUGUAUUAAAGGAUAUUUUCAUAAUUCCAGCCAACCUGUUAGCCCAGGAAUAAGCAGAUAGUGAAAUAGAAGGUGUCCCAAAAGUCUUGGUGCAAUUUUAAGCUUUAAUACAGUGUGCUUGGACACUCCAAGACACUGCUGCAGAAGUAUAAAUGCUACAGACACAAAACAUCACUUGAAAGUGUACUUGAAUUUCUUCUAAACUCAUUUAAUUCUGUAAAUCUUAGAUGUUAAGCUUUUGAUUUUAAUUUUUUGUUUCAGCCCCUCUUGAAGAUGGCAAACAAUGGGCUGAAACAAAAAAUUAAAAUUGAGCUUAAUGUUUAAAAUUUACAAAACUUAAUGAAUUUAGAAGAAAUUCAAGUAAACUCUCAGGUGAUGUUUUAUAAGUUUGUAGCAUUUAUACUUCUACAAGUAUCAGAGCUUCAAAUUGCACAGAGACUUCAGGAGGAUAUCUUGUAUCUUUAUAGACCUGGCCGCCUCUUUUUAAAAUAGUCCUUUGCCUGGCUGGGCUGUUUCUCUGCUUGAGCACCUAAGUUUCUUUUUUCUAGGUUUGGUAAAGGAAUUAUGAACAGUAGCAUUAAUUCUCCUGUAAUAAAUUGGAAGGAAUUGGACCCUAAUAGUAGUGAUAGGAAAGUGAGUGAUGUGAAACAGCGUUUCUAUGCUGUGUGUUGACCUGGCUGUAGGUGUGUUCUGUUACUUGAGGAAAGAUAAAUCUUAGGAACCCUUACCUCAGGCUGUUUAAAACACAGGGUACCACUUAGCCACCAGGAAGCCCAUUAAAAGACAGGGAGGUCCAGUAAUCAGUCUUUUAGGAAAUUGGUAAUGAUGUCACCUAAACUUGAAACAUUAAAAAAAAAAAAAAAAGUGUUCUCAGCUAUGUAAAAUCUUUCUCCUCCCACCUUCUCAAAUGUAAUCCUAGGAAUUUUGCCUGUAAACAAAGCAUUUCUGGGCCAGAAAUACUUUCUCUCUUUAUAGCAAGGCUUUGCAUUAUAUUGAGUGCCACAGGUUCCAUCAUUUUUAAAGGACAGAGACAUAAAUGAUAAAUAAUGGAUAUAAAAUAUUACAAUCUACCACCUCAAAAAAUACUGUUUAUGGAGCUUGGAGAUUCAAGUAUUGAUUGCAGUUUUAUUUUGAAAAGAAUGCUACAACUUAUGUGGUUUUUCUUCCUCAUGUUUAUAUUAAAAGAAAAGCUAAUAAACUCUAUUUUAAUUAAAAUACAUGGCUGCUGUGUAACUUCUCACUGCUAACAUAUUAUGGUUCUGCCUAGCUCAAAUGUUUUCAAUCAGCUCUGAUAGGCCUUAAAGCAUUUUCCGACUGAUCAUUCAAAAGUUGUUUUGACCGUUGCCUUUAGUUAAGAGGUAGGCAUUUAUUCCUUUGGCUUAUGUUCUUUUCAACCAGAAGAUAAUUUAGUACACUUAAAACCACUGGCUGUAGUGCUCAGUGGUAUAGUGCAUUAGAUGGCACUUUGGAAUUGUGUGUUAUUGUACCAGAAGGAAAAAGCACAUUGGAAGAUAAAAGGUAAAACACAGAAAGAAAGGAAUUACAGAAAUACUGUUGAAUCAGAACAUGAGUUAUUUGAGGAUUUUCAAGCCAUUGAACAGGAAAGAAAAUGGAAGAAGAGGAAGUAGAAUUGCAGUUAUAAAGAGGGUGACUUUUAAACAAGCCAUGUAAUAUACCAAAUCACCAUAAGGUUUCUUUAAGACCCUAGUCACCGCACUCGAACAAUAUUCCAUCACUCCUGAUAGUAUUGCUGUGUUUUCAUCCACCUUAAUUCACUACCUAAGGUCAGAUCUUUUAACUUUAUUCUUGAUAAGCUGUUGAUUAGGAGAAAUGAUCUGAAUUAGUGCAGGAGGAGGAAAACUAUUGCAAAUCAUUGUUACUAAGAUAGUUUGUGCUGUGUAAUAUGCCAGUUACUAAGCAGAAAUGCUGACAUAGCUUGAGUGGUCAAAGGUUAAAAAAAAGUUGGGGUACACUGCUUGGACACGACUGUAGCUUCAAGACAAGUUAGUAGAAUCACUAAAAAUUGCUCUUUCAGUGUUAAUUCUAGAGACAAUAACAGCCAUUUUGAUAAAUGGGGAAAACUUAAAAGAUUUAAACAUCACUGAAAGUAGGUUCUCAUAAAUACUAUAGGGCAUGGAAACUAGUUCCUAGUAGGGGCAAUAGGGUAGUUUUGAGAUUCCAUACCCAGGAAGGGUUUAUUCCCUAAAGUACUAAGACUAUAAAAGAAAAUCUCAACUCAAAUUUAUUUUCAUUUUUAGUUUUUGGAAUAUACUGACUGCAAUUUUAACUGGAAUACUCUGAACUGAACUUUAUAAGGAAAAGACAAAAGGUUUCAAAUCUCUGUUUGACCCAAAUGAAAUUGUCAUUUUUCUACAUUAAAUUCACGUGGUUCACCCUAAGACAACUUAGGGCCCAGUGUUUUCUGAGUUUUUUCCAUCCUGUAUCUAUCAUGACCCUAUUCUAUUACAUCUACUCCUAAAGUACCCUGUAUGCCCAUUACUGAAAUUCAACAUUACUAAAUCCUGGUUUUAUAACAGCUCGUUUCAUUUGUUAGUUUUCCCAUUCUAUAAAAUAUACCAUUACUUGAUUUUUUUUAAAGUGCUGAAGUCAGUAUUUACUGGAAAAUGAUUCACUCUAUAUUUUAGGUUAUGCAAUGUUUUUGGAAGUGUGUACCUACAGCAUGUAGGUUACCUGAACUCUUUCAUCACACAAGCCUUCUAACCACAUGUAAAUGACUAGGACUGUUCCUCACCCAGAAGCUGUAGUCUUUGAGUACAGAGCUACUUGGUAAAGCACUUGACAGCUGGCAUAGCCUCUCUCAGGCAAGUACUAGUUUCUAUGCAGAAUCUGUAGGUUAUACCUAGCAUCUAUCAAGGAUUAGAUCACCUAAAAUCUUAACUGUUAGCCACUUAUCAACCUGGCCAGCCUGACACUGCCAGGAAAAAUAAAAAUCUAGCAGCGCUGCAGCAAAGUCUGGUCCCUUGUACACAAGUGCAGUCUGUGAUUUCUGAGGCAAUUUACACUAGUCUAAAUGGGUUUGGCAGAUGAGAGAACAUUUACUUAAUGUGAAACAAAUUUUAAGAAUACCAGUUUGUGGUUUAGGAUCUCUAGGAUGCAGAAAGAA